AUGUCGGUUCCAGGAUCUUAUCAGGCAGCUGCCGGGCCCUCCUCAGUGCCAAGCGCUCCCCCAUCCUAUGAAGAGAUCGUCAACAGUUUCUACCCGUCACCUCCAGCACCCAUACCAGGGCCAACCACAGGCCUUGUGACAGGCCCCGAUGGGAAGGGCAUGAACCCCCCCUCGUACUACACACAGCCAGUGCCGGUCCCCAACGCCAAUGCCAUUGCUGUUCAGACUGUGUAUGUGCAACAGCCCAUCUCAUUUUUCGACCGCCCAGUCCAGAUGUGCUGUCUCUCCUGCAACAAGAUGAUUGUGACACGGCUGUCCUAUAAUGCCGGCGCCCUCACCUGGCUCUCCUGUGGGAGCCUCUGCCUCCUGGGUUGCGUAGCCGGCUGCUGCUUCAUCCCCUUCUGCGUGGACGCCCUGCAGGACGUGGACCAUUACUGUCCAAACUGCAAAGCUCUCCUGGGAACCUACAAACGUUUGUAG